UAUUAAAAUACGGGGCGGGGUUUGAGGGCGGGGCUUCGCAGUCUGGGGAAGAAGAUCCGCCAAAUUCAAACUCAGAAAGAGCAGUGGAGCUUUACUACAGCGCGGUGGAGUGAAAAGUGAGAGAAGGCUCCCAUCAUGUCGUCCGCUAUCGUGAACAGUGUGAAUGAACUUAGCUCCACGGUGUCUGGGAUGUGGCGUUCGCACAGCGUUCUCUCCGAGUCAGAACCCGAGAGCUCCCCUGAGGCGGCACAGCACUUUCGAAAGCUACGCUCCUCCAGCUCACUGAACUCACUGCGCAUGUCUCUGAGGAAGAGACUUCCUCUAAAAACUGUGCAGCCCACCAACAACAUCCCUGAGAAUCCAAACGGCGAGGUGCUUCAGAAAAGCAAGAAGACGAGCACCGUCACCCAGAUCAAGCGCACCGCCAAGAACACCAUUGGCAAUGCUUAUCAGAAGUUCCAAAAGAGCACAGUGUCACGCGACGAGUGCCUGGUGAGGACGCCUGGCAAAAUCAUGGAAGGAGAAGAGAACGAGUGUGCUCCUGCAUCUGCACACACCCCUAAACGACAAGCCAUGACCCCCAGGCGCACACCAAGAUCAGCCGCAAAGCGUACCCCUCGAGCUGCAGAUACUCCAGAGCCCAGCGAGUCAGCUGUGAGAGCCGUGAAGACGGGAGGAACCAGGAGGCAGCUCGUACGCAUGGCAGCGUUGAGGAGCCCUUUCGCAUCUCCCAACACGGUGAACCGUCGCAGGCAGUUUGAUCAAGAUCUGGACAGUGUGUCAAAAGGCCUCAGGAAACUAAAGCGACUCUCUCGGGCCUUUGAUGAAGUCAUUGGGAGAGAUGAGCGGACUGAGACCAUGGAGCAUUACAGAACAGUGAUGGCUCAGAGCUACGGCUCCAGCUCCAAUCUGGGCAGCAUGACGGGGAAAUUAAACAGAUCCUUCAUCCACCAGCAGAGCCGGCGAAUCCGCCACAGAGUGGGCAGCUGGACCGACAGCGCUCUCUCAAACCUCCGCAAAACCACAUAAAGAUGAAGCUACCUUUCUCUUUUUUUUUUUUUUUUAUAAUUUACUGUGUCUGUCUACAUCUAUGUGUUUGUCACCAUUAGUCAUGACUUCUCAUUGUCAUUUUUGUUCUUUUGUCUUUUCUUUUAAUGUGUGUAUCAUAUGGAAUAUCUGUAACUGAUGUCUCAAUAACCACCAGUGUAAUCGGUCAGAAAUUUUAGUUACCUGCCAAAUUGUUGUCAUGCUGUUACAAUUUAAAGGUCACGGCUGUUGAUACUGUGGGGAAAGCCCUUGAAAUGUUACCAAGAAAAAAAAAAUAUUUCGUCAUUGCACCAAAGACAACAGUUGAAGGUCUCUGUGUCUGUGAUCAGAAAACAAUGUUGCCAUUCUUACUUUCAUUUAUAUUCAAAACUAACACUAUCAUGAAUGUAGCGAGACAAACGUCAUGUUUACUAACUCGUAACUAGUUUCUAGUUAUAUAUUAUACACUAUAUUUUAGACUCCACCUUGUAUUGAGGUGUUAGGAGGCUCUAACUCAGCUUUUUUUUUUUUGUUAGCACACAAUAGCUGCAUGCUGUAAUUUAACAACGUGGUCCACAGAAGGGAGAAAAUGAUGCAAAGUCUGAAAAUGGAUUCGUCAGCUGCGAAAUUACUUUUGUUAAAAAGCAAAAAUUAUGUUGACUGUGAACUAUGGUUUUAAGCGCUUUUUCUCAUAACACUAAGCGCUCUUUCAGAAAUGUUUACCUUUUAUACUUUAAUAAAGAAGAUGUAUCCA